AUGCCUGUUCUUCGGGCGUUCAUUCGCGAGACGCUGCGAUGGCGUCCUCCCGUACCUACAGGGAUCCCACACGAGUCGACUGAAGACGACAUGUUCGACGGUUACCGAACUCCUAAAGGCUCGCCACUUGACCAGUUCCCUGCCAUCACUGGCUAUUCGCAGUUUGAGUACGGCAAGCGAACUUGUCAAGGGCAGAAGCUGACUGAGGCUGAUCUGUUCGUUGGGAUUGGAUCCAUCGCUUGGUUGUUCUCUAUAAAUAUCGACCCACGCGAGACAGGCCCUAUACGCUCCGUCCCUCCGCCAGCUUAUGCGAAGGGCCAGACCGCGCGUACCCAAAGCGAUACCCAGCGCCACGAUCCCACAAUGCUUUUCAGUGGUUUGCUGAUUGCAAAGCCCUUGCCCUUCAAGUUCGAGUUAAAGAUCAGGAUUCAAAACGACGUCAACUUUGAUUUCCUUGGCCUCAAGACCUUCACUUUGAAUCACUAUGACUCUCCUCCUCUUCUACAGGGCUGCAAAUCUUUCGGAUCCAGCUCCUCUGCAGUCAGUGCCGAGUCCACUGCGACCCCGACCGAUGACGCCACCUCAGCGGCAACCACCGGCGGGGCCACAGCUCCAGCCACUACUGGGGAUGCCGAUGCUACACCUACCGCAGAACAGACUACUGCCGAUCCCACUAGCGAUGGGUCGGCCAUGCCAACGACCACAGACGACUCCGCGUCAACCACUCCACUCGCAUCAGAUACCGUCACGACUCCUACGACCGACUCGACUGCCCCUACCACAACUAACGACGCCGCUUCUACCGCGGAUGUUGCAUCUCAAGGAAGCACAGAUACUCCUACCACGACGAUUCCCACACCUGAGGCCACAUCGGCUGGUAAGAGUGGGUCGAGUGAGCGUCGUCGCUCUACCUUUAUGCGCCGCGACAACUUGACCGUGUCUGCAUCGAGCGAUGAUGAGGUUAUCGCCAAUGAUACGGAAGACACUUUUGAUGCCACUGACAACUCGGACGAGACCAACGAUGUCGUCUCUGAUAAUUCUUCGUCUGCUGAUAGCGCUGAGUUUGAAGCGGACGGCAACGAAGCGCUCUCCCUCUCCGCUGACCAGCAGACCGAGGACGGCAUUACUUUCGACACUUUGAUCCACAUCCAAAAGACCUUCCAGUUCGUGCCCGGCACUGACGGAAAUCUGUACACAGUUAGCUACACUGCUGGCUCCCCUAGUGAUGCUGGCCUUUUCGCAGAGUCGCAGAACGUCAUUAUUGGUGACGACGAAGAGCGUGUUCUCCACUACUAUCCAGACAAAAUGGCAGCAUACAAUGUCAGUCGCAUCAGAUUCAACUCCGGCUCCGAGAUCCCCAAGACUGCCGAUGCUAUCGCCUUGUCGCCAAUUGACUACGAUAACUCUGAUGGCACGCCUUCUGCUUACUUUGCAGUCACCACCAAGAAGGAUGUUUACAGUCUGGUUCACUGCAACUUUGCCAAUGGCGCUGACAGCAAGAUUUUCGUUGUUAAUGAUCAGUCUGGCAUUGACACUUUGCAGAACAAUGCUAAUGUCAAGUUCACAAUUACUGGUGCGCCUGUCAAGGAUUGCUCACCUUUGGCCAUUGUUUCUGGUGGAAACGGCACGGUCUCGGCAUCAUAG